AUGUCUGAUUUUUCUGAGGCACUUGAACAGGAACUCAAGAAUUAUGGAAGAAGCCUUGCGGAUGGAGCAAGUAAAGGGGCUGCGAUUGGUGGAGCAAUAUGUCCCGGGGCUGGAACACUAAUUGGUGGAUGGGCUGGUGCAGCAACUGCAGCUGUUUCUUGCCUAGUAAAAGCACUUAACGAUGAUGACGAUGAGAAAAAAUAG